AUGGUGAAAAGGGCCCCUGCCACAAAAUCGGUCCGACGGCAUUCCAUGGACCAGACCCCGGUGUUUGACCGGCCUCGCUCGAAGCUCAACUACAGAGAGAUCAAACGCAGAUCCAUCAUAGCUGGCCUGAGAAUGAUGAAGGCUCCAGCAGUUGUGGCCUUGCUGGUGAACUUGGUCUUCUCCAUGCAGUUCCUGGCGAUUACUGCAUCCAAUUCUUUGGAGCAUUUGGAACUGUUUGCCGGUGAUUGCUCUGUUACCCGAGCCGAGCAUAUGGAAGGGAGAAAGACCAUGGCCAUGGACGUGGCUUGGGGGGGGGAAAGCAUGGAUCUUAUGACCCCAGAAGGGUUCAUUGGUGCGAUCUACCAUGCAUGCCGUUUGAAGCCGGGAACUGGAGGACUAGCAGCUCCUGUCUGUUCAAGUUUUGUAUACUUGAACAAAGGUACGAGCAAACGAUCGCCAAGCAACCCAUGUGGUGAAGAAAGUUUCCCCAGUGUAUUCCUGGGCAACACCCUUGCAUGCAGGACUCUUAUAAUCAUAAUGAUCAUUCAUGCCUUGAAUGGGUUUUGGUUGCUAGAGCAACCGCGUGGCUCGAUGAUGGAAUUGCUUCCGGUGUUCCAGGCCUUUCUGGCCAAAAUUCCUACAUUCCGGCAUUCCAUAAACAUGUCAUGUUUUGGAGCGCCAAGCCAGAAACCGACUUGGUUGUACUCGGGACAUUCCUACAUAGAUGAGGUCGAUGAGUUCCAACCCCGAUGGCUUCCGCCAGUUGAGGAGGUUGCCCAAAUGGCUGUGAAGUACAUAGAUGGAUCGGGGAAGCAGCGGGUAAAAGGUGGGGCUGACCUCAAGCGCAGCCAAUCUUACCCGUUGCCAUUCGGCCGUGCUCUUUCGCAAUUACGAAACCGACAUGCUGCUCAACUUCGCAGUGAAGCCAGGGCUACGAUCAAACACAACUUGAAAAAUUACAAGCAUGUGCCCAGAAAUGUCAAGGAUGAUGCCAAGUGGAUUAAGCAAGCAAAUUUAGGUCCUGUGUUGUUCAGUGUGGCUGUUUUCAUGGCUAAAGUCAAGAAGGACCAGUUGAAAAAGAAGCCGUCCAGGCCCCAUGACCAGGACACAAAGUUGAAGAAUAAAGAGUCGAAGAAGGGUAAAGAUACCAAGAUAGCAGAGCCGAGGAAAAGUAAGAAGCCAGAAGGGAAGGACAAGAGAGACAAGCAAGACAAGAAAGAGAAGAAAGUCAAGAAAGCCAAGAAAGAAGAACUGACGAAAGAAUGCCAGAAGAAAGACAAGAACGGCAAAGGUAGUAUGAAAGAGAAGGCAGGUGACAAGAAAGGAAAGAACACAGGAAAAGGCCAGGAGAACGAUAGCAGGAAGGAAAGGCAGGCAACGAAGGAGAUGGACAGCAAGAAGGCAAAGCAGGCAGAAGUCACCAGGCAGCCUGCUUUGAGGCCUCCACCCCAGCGAAGAGUUUCUUUCAAGAGUGCGCAGUCAGUCCCGUAUGACCCAAAGUCUGCACCAGCCAGCUUGUCAAGUUUGAGGACUCCUUCACCGAAGAGGGCAUGUAUUUCCCCCAGCGCAACUUCUUCAACUUCAGUGCCUGAGAGCUUGGUGGCUUUGCGAAAGGAGGCAUCUGAGAAGGGCAUCACCUUGGAGGCCUACAUGGAAGAGAUUUCCCGACAAGAGCUUGAGCACUCAGUGGAGGAGCACAUGAAAAGCUUACUGACUGAGGCCAAGAAUACCGAGAAUGAGGAUGAAGCAGAAGAUAUGGAUGAGGAUGAGCUGCUGGAAGAGGUUGAACCGCUUUCUAGUGACAGCAGCAGCAGCACCAGCACUAGUGAAGUUGGUUCCAACAGUGACCUGGAAGAUUCUGCAGCACUUGACACCGAAGCAGAUCAACAAGAAGAUGACGAGAUGGAGGAACAGGAAGAAUCUGACGAAGAGGACGACAAAGAUGAAGAGGAAGCAGAGGACCUCGAGGACCUUGAGAAGGAAAUCGACACUUUGAUGAGUGAGCCCAUCAGAGGAGCUCCCCUAGUGCCUGCGGCUGAGAUGACCAAGGCGGACACCAUGCCCCCGAAUGAUGACAAGGAUGACAAGGAUGACAAGGAUGACAAGGAUGACAAGGACAAGACGCAGAAGACUCAGACACCGGGUCAGCAGGAAAGUCUCCAAAAGGUGGUUGCAGCCCAGGAUGCAGCGCAGGGGAAAAAAUAUGGAGAAUUUGCAAAUGCCAACAGUAGCAAUUCGAAGUCCCAGUGGGAUAAGUUCUGCCGCCAGUGUAUGGACAGAAAAAAGUUCCCAGUGGCACUUGCGUCUACAUACGUUCGAGACAAGCUCGACUUGUUUCGAUGUUGGCUAUCUAUGUCAGAAGACUGGUCAAAGGUGUCGGUGGAAUUUGAGCGACGGGCAGAGUGCAAGAACACGAACACCAGAAAGAGGCAGGGAACAAAGGCAAGGGAAAUCUUGAAAAAGUACCCAGAGGAAAAAGCGAAGGCCCUCAUGAAGCGCCUCUAUGACCGUGGACUCUGGUAUUACGAUCCAGAUUUUGAUGGUGACACUGAGGAGAUCUUCUAUUACCUCAAUGCGGGAAACGAACUGAAGCGUGAGGAUAUUACCAGCGAGGGUGUUGCUUUGAAGAUGUCUGAAGCCGGCAACAAGGACCUUGUUGAGUCCCUGACUGUUGAAGGGGGUCCACUCCAAUGUGGGGCUCUGCCUGAUGCCGAUGCCGCCACCGAUGCUGGGAAAAAGAACUUGGUUGAGUCCAUCACCAGCGCAGGAGUUGCUGUGGCAAAGCCCAAACCGGCAAAAAGGGAGCCUUCAGAGAAAUUGGAGCCCAAGAGCCUUUUGGAGUUGGCAACGGAGAAGAUGGAGCUCUGCCUGCAGAAAGGGGCACAAGCUAGGAAAUAUUCCAUCAGCUUGGGCUCGUUAGAGUACAGUGGAGACCUUGCUCAGCAGAUGCUGCAGUUCAGCAAUAAGAUGGAGAAAAUCUACCGCAACCUGCGUGACUUGGUGGACAAAAAGACCAAUGCUGAAGAGCCCUACGAAAAGUUUUUCCAGAUCAUAAACGAAAAGAUCCAGUGGUAUGAGAAGGCUGAGGCUGCAGCCAAAGGCCUGCAGACAGGACUGAAGCCGAAGAAAGCCAAGGCGAAGGCGAAGGCGAAGUCGAAGCCUUCUGCAACAAAAGCUGCUUGA